AUGGAGCUUAUAACUAAAACUAGCCUUAAGCUUAAAAGGAAAAAUAAUUCAAUUGAGAAUACUGAUGAAGAAAUAAAGCAGGAAAAAAAGAGACUUUCUCAAAUGAUAGCUAGCUACUUUAAUAAGGACCAAUAUAUGAGGCGAAGGGGAAGUGAGAGAAAAAGAAGCAUGACUCAAUGGCCUACAAAUCAUCCUAAUCAGCAGCAAAUAAAUAGUAUAAAAUUUCCAUCGUUUGCAACAUCAGAAAAUAAGUUACAGACAUUUACAGUUGAAACGCUUCCAACUCCAAAAAAUUUGAUUAAAAAAGGUACAAUGACAGGAAAAUUAAGAAAAAUCAGGACUGAGCAAGAUUUAAGCAAGCAACCUAUAAAGAGUCAUCCUAAAAGGCAAAUAAAAUUAAAGACAACAGCCAUUUCAGGAAGAAAAGGCAUAGGAAUUAAUCACCAUCACUAUACCAAAACUUGUGAAAUCAAUAUUAAUCCGGUAAGUCCAUAA